GACCCUUCAAGCCUCACAUCACGAUCUGAACCACCUAACGGGAAGCAACGACGGCGGCUUAAUCUUUAAUUGAAAAAACGGAGAAAGGCGAGACAAAACUGUGAGAACUGUCCUCGCCCUCCACCCCACAGCCAACAUGAUUCACAGCCUGUUCCUCAUCAACGCCUCGGGGGACAUUUUCCUAGAGAAGCACUGGAAGAGUGUGGUCAGCCGUUCUGUGUGUGACUACUUCUUCGAGGCCCAGGAGCGAGCUUCAGAGCCAGAGAACGUCCCUCCUGUGAUCCCCACUCCGCACCACUAUCUCAUCUCUGUCCUCCGCCAUCGCAUUUACUUUGUAGCAGUCAUACAGAGCGAGGUGCCGCCGCUGUUCGUCAUCGAGUUUCUGCACAGAGUUGUUGACACUUUCCAGGACUAUUUUGGGGUCUGCACAGAGGCUGCUAUCAAAGACAAUGUGGUCGUUGUCUAUGAACUUCUCGAGGAAAUGCUGGACAACGGUUUCCCACUGGCUACAGAAUCCAACAUCCUCAAAGAACUCAUCAAGCCCCCCACCAUCCUCCGGACCAUGGUCAACACUAUCACAGGUAGUACAAACGUGGGUGAGCAGCUCCCCACUGGUCAGCUGUCAGUGGUGCCAUGGCGACGCACUGGGGUCAAAUACACAAACAACGAAGCUUAUUUUGAUGUGGUUGAGGAGAUCGAUGCCAUCAUUGACAAAUCAGGAUCAACCAUUACAGCUGAAAUUCAGGGAGUCAUUGAUGCCUGUGUUAAGCUGACCGGCAUGCCUGACCUCACACUUUCUUUUAUGAAUCCUCGGCUGCUUGAUGAUGUGAGCUUCCACCCCUGUGUGCGGUUCAAACGCUGGGAGGCUGAGCGCAUCCUCUCCUUUAUCCCUCCAGAUGGAAACUUCAGAUUACUCUCAUAUCACGUCAGCUCUCAGAAUUUGGUGGCCAUCCCAGUUUAUGUCAAACACAACAUCACGUUUCGCGAGGGCAGUUCUCAGGGCCGUUUUGACUUGACCCUGGGCCCCAAACAGACGAUGGGGAAAGCGGUGGAGUCUGUUUUGGUGAGCAGCCAGCUCCCGCGAGGCGUGCUCAACGUCAACCUCAACCCCUCCCAAGGAACAUACACGUUUGAUCCAGUCACGAAGUUGCUGUCCUGGGAUGUGGGGAAGAUUAACCCUCAAAAGCUCCCUAGUCUGAAAGGCAGCAUGAGUCUACAGGCUGGAGCCUCCAAACCAGACGAGAACCCCACCUUCAACAUCCAGUUUAAGAUCCAACAGAUGGCUAUCUCAGGGCUGAAGGUGAACCGCCUGGAUAUGUACGGAGAGAAGUACAAGCCCUUCAAAGGCAUCAAAUACAUGACGAAGGCUGGCAAGUUUCAGGUCCGGACGUAGAGACUGCUGCCAUUGGACCAAACCGGCAGAGGACAGAGGCUUGUGAAGGGGGAAGUGGAGUUCCUGUGGUUUAUGCAUUUGUCUAUUUACACUGGAGGCUCCAUGUAGCAGAGUGGACCAUUUCACACAGAGAAUGUAAAAACAGCAGGCCCAUAUUCAUUUCAUACUGUAAGUUGUGUUUUGUUUCACAUUCACUAAACCAUUCCACUAAACCAGCUUAUUGAUUGUGCUUGUUGCUUUAUCAGUUAAAACCAAAACACACUCCUUCUCCAAAAAGGGUAUGAGGUUGUUUGUCUAUUAUGGUCUACCAACAUUUCCAAGUCUACUGUAUGUUUGCCGUAUGUAGGUGUGUCCAAGAAUUCUUCAAAUGCUUGAUUAUUUUUUUUUUUGUUUUUGAUGUGAAUGUGAAUGCAUGGUCUUCUCAGUGACCAAAACCAACCUUCUAUUCUAUUCUUCUAUCCAUUCUGUUUUUAUGUUUUGUGGAUACAUCUCAAAUUUGCUUGUUUUUGCUACUCUGUUGCUACAGCAUCAUGGCACCUUGAUACAGAUGGGGUGGGAUGGCUGGAAAACUGACUGCAGCUCUUGUUUUUACUUUUUUCCCCCCUCUUAUGAUCAGUAUUUCUCAGAACGUUUCUCCAUAAUUAUGAGGAUAAUGUUAUGGUCAAUUAUAGUACUUCUUCCUUUAUAGUGAGACCCUGUUGAAAAACUUUGCAAAUACUUUUUUUUGUCACAACACUGGAUUCAGCACAUAUGAAAAUGUGACAACAAAGCCGUCCUUUUGGUGAACUUUUUCCAUGUGCUGUAAGAAAUCUUAAUUUAUAAUGUAAUAUUUCUAUUUAUAUUUCUUGGUACUAGUGGUUUGAUCCAAGUGCUGGUAACACUUCUUUUAAAAUGCAAAUUACAAACUACACAAGGACUAUUUAUUUAUUCCUUGCUUAACUGGAUUAUUAAAUUUGGCAUAAUUACAUUCAAAUCAAACUAUCAUCCUGUAUGUGUUAUAUUUUGCAUCAUAGUUUUUCUUUAUGUACUAAAUGAGCUCCAGUAGUGUGUCACCAUGGCAGUUGAGUUUUUUUUUCUUUCUUUUUUUAAUUGAAACAUGCCCACCAACACAUUUGGGCCUCACACAUUUGGACUAUUUGGUAAGAGCUACUGGUAAUACUGUACAUGUAUCACUCAGAAAGAGUUAAAAUGGAUAAUUAGCCAGGAUCUGCAGGAGAAAUAAAGAGUGUUUUUUUUUGUGUCUAAGAGCCUCCAAUGGAGAGUGACACAGAUAAAUAAAGAUUUGAUGUGUGAAA